GAGCACCAUGGCUGAUACUUCUACUCUUUUCAAGGAUGAAAUCACUGGAGAAAUGAUAUCCAAGUCUGAGCUCAAGCGACGGACCAAGCAAAGAGCCAAGGACGCUGUCAAGGCUGAAAAGGCUGCUGCCGCACCUCCUGCUCCCAAAAAGGUUGCUACUGACGAGAACCAGAUUGACCAAGACUCGAUAGAUCCUCGCAUGUACUUUGAGAACAGGUCCAAGGCCAUCAUGAAGCUGCGAGAGUCCAAGGAGCCCAAUCCCUAUCCCCACAAGUUCCAUGUCUCCAUAUCCAUCUCUGCAUUCAUUGCCAAGUACUCUUCUCUUUCUGACGGUGAACGAGUGGAUACAGAAGUCACUGUUGCUGGCAGAAUACAUAACAUUCGCACUCAGUCCAAGGGUCUUAUUUUUUACGAUUUGCAGGCCGAAGGAUGCAAGAUUCAGAUCAUGGCAUCAUCGCAGGAUUCAGAGAGAGACUUUGUGCAGGUGCAUUCUUUAUUGCAUAGAGGAGAUAUGGUUGGAGUCCGAGGUUGCGCAGGUAGAAGCAAACGAGGCGAGCUGUCCAUGUUUCCAAAGGACAUUGUUUUGCUUGCGCCUUGUUUGCGAAUGUUGCCCACUAGUCACUAUGGAUUCAAGGAUCAGGAAAUGAGAUAUCGCAUGCGUUAUCUGGAUUUGAUCAUGAACCAGCAUGUACGUGAUAAGAUGAUUACUCGAUCCAAGAUCAUCAAUUACUUGCGCAGAUUCCUUGACUCCAAAGGAUUUUUAGAAGUAGAAACUCCCAUGAUGAACAUGAUUGCUGGCGGUGCUACUGCCAAGCCCUUUGUAACCCACCACAACGAUCUCAAUAUGGACUUGUUUAUGCGAAUUGCUCCUGAGCUAUUUUUGAAGCAACUCAUUGUUGGUGGCUUGGACCGUGUUUAUGAGAUUGGCCGUCAGUUUCGUAAUGAAGGCAUUGAUCUGACCCAUAAUCCUGAAUUCACUACUUGUGAGUUCUACAUGGCCUAUGCCGAUGUUCAUGAUCUGAUGAGCAUGACUGAGGCCUUUCUAUCUGGACUGGUCAAGACUCUUACAGGCGGGUACAAGAUCAAGUACCAUCCACAAGGCAUUGCUGACGGUGCUCCGGAGUGGGAAAUUGACUUUACACCACCAUUCCGUCGAGUCUCGAUGAUUGAUGAAUUAGAACGAGUGCUAGAGUGUGUUUUCCCAGCUGCCGCAGAUCUGGCUACCCCUGAAGCUACCAAGUUUUUGUCGGAUCUGUGCAUAAAGCACAAUGUAGACUGCUCUUCCCCACGUACCAGUGCUCGUCUUUUGGACAAACUUGUUGGAGAGUUUAUUGAAAACCAAUGCAUCAACCCCACCUAUAUUACAGAUCAUCCUCAAAUGUGCUCUCCUUUGGCCAAGGCACAUCGCAAUCGACCAGGUCUUUGCGAGCGAUUCGAGUGUUUUGUAGCAACCAAGGAGAUUUGCAAUGCGUAUACUGAGCUGAACGAUCCGUUUGAUCAGAGAGCGCGAUUUGAGCAGCAGGCAGCAGACAAGGCAGCGGGUGAUGAUGAAGCUCAGCUUGUGGAUGAAACGUUUUGUAAUGCUCUCGAGUAUGGACUUCCACCAACAGGAGGUUGGGGUCUUGGAUUGGAUAGACUAACCAUGUUUUUAACUGAUUCCAACAACAUCAAAGAAGUUCUUCCUUUUCCUGCAAUGAAGCCAGAAACACCAGCAGAAGCCAAUGCUCGUGCCGAGAUCUGAUAUGCGUAUUGAAAUGAAACUGAAUGAAUGGUGAAUAGUGUGU